UAAAAUGGCGACAUUUAUGAUUUCUCUUUGGGUGUGUGUUACUUCGCUUGCUGCUUUGAUUGCUGCGAUUUUCUCUGGAUUUUCGAUUUACUUGGCAUACCUCCACUGGAAAUAUAGUCAUAUUCCUGGACCAAAACGGGACAGCUUUUUCUCCGGUAACUUGCCUUAUAUAUUGACUGAAAGAGCGAAAGGAAAAACUAUCUUCGAAAUGGUUGAUGAACUCCACGGAACUCACGGUCCAGUUGUUCUUUUGUUUGUCUUCAAUAAUCCAUUCACGUUCGUAUCUGAUCCAGAACUUGUGCGAAAAUGCGUAAUCACGCUCAAUCUACCGAAAAAUCCUCGCGUUUACGCGCAUCUCGGAUAUCCCUUCGGUCAACGUUUAGCCGGACGCGGUGUGUUAAACGAAACCGACCAUGACGUGUGGCAGAAACGAAGAGCACUCUUAAACCCGGCAUUCCAUCGCCGUUAUUUGAUGAAUUUAAUGUCCUCGUUCAACGAUAGCUGCAACCUGUUUCUGGAAAAAUUGGGUGAAAUGGCUGACGGAAAGACUGUUGUGAAUAUGGCGGAGGAGUUUGCCAGAGUUACUCUUGAUGUUAUUGGAAAGGUUGCAUUCAAUGUUGAUGUGGACACAAUCCAAGAUGCCAACAGUCCCUUCCCAUCCUCGGUUUACAAAUGUCUUAAAGGGGUCAUGCUGAGUUUGCGGACUCCAUUUUGGAGGAUAUCUGUAUCAACAUUUGCUGAUCAAAGAAGUGUGAUUGAGGCAUGUCAAUUCAUCCGUAACUUUGGAAAGAAGGUGAUCCUUGAUAGGCAAGAAGCUGUUUUACGAGGAGAAAAUACCCCACCUGAUAUUCUUACUCAUAUUUUGAGUGUCAAGGAAAAGCAGGCGAGUAUCACAACUGAAGAUCUUGUGGAUGAUUUUGUGACAUUUUUUGUUGCAGGUCAGGAAACAACAUCUAACCAGUUAUCCUUCACUCUUUAUGAAAUACUAAGGCAUCCAAAUGUUGAAAACAGAAUUGUUAAAGAAAUUGAAGACAUUCUUGGUUCCCGUCAGUUUUUGGAGUACAAGGAUCUUGGCAACCUUCAGUUUCUGGGUCAGACCCUCAAGGAAGGUUUAGGACUUCAUCCUCCCAUCGGAGGCAUAACACGUGUAUCCACCAGAGAUGAGAACAUUGGGGGUUACAUCUUCCCUGCUGGUACUUCUGUGAAUAUUAGUCAGUUCCUAAUGCACCGCCAUUCAGAUUCUUGGAAAGAUCCACUUCAAUUUGAUCCUGACAGAUUUUCACCCGAGGCAAAAGGUGAAAUUCCACACUCUGUUUACUUUCCAUUCUCUCUCGGCCCACGGACUUGUAUUGGACAAACAUUUGCUCAGAUUGAGGCUCGAGUGUUUAUGGCGAGGCUGCUGCAGCAGUUUGAGUUGACACUAUGCCCUGGUCAGGAUAAUAUGAAACAUGAGGAAGCCUUAACGCUGAGGCCUAAGGGGGGUGUGCUUUGUACUCUCAAACGAAGAAAUGAAAAUUGAAGCAAGCCAAAGAGAGCCAUGAGAUGUAUUUACAUUUAAUGUAGUUAGAGAAAUUUUCAAUUGCUUGGCAAGAAGAAUCAGUUUUGCAUUGGUUUUGCGUAACUAUGCCUUGUGAUUGGUCUAGUAAAUUCACACCACCAUUUAAACUGCACAUGUGUAGUUUUAGAGGCCAGACAACCUUUAUUUUAGCACGAUAGUAAUAAAAGCUAUGCAGCUUAUGGGGUCAGCCAGGUGGCAUUCUAUCAGGCUUUCAAUACUAAGUUGUCUUGCAAGAGUGACAGUUGUUUCUUAUGUUUUUUUUUCUAAUUUUGGACAGAAAAUUGGCCAUACCUGAUGUUUGACCACUGUGUUCUCGGUGUUCUCUGUGUUCCCACAUCAGUGUUCCCACAUCAGAGACUGUUUACGUGCUAUUAAGUUUGAAUUCUUAUGAUUAUACAUUGGUGUCAAUAUCUUAAUUUUUAUUGGCUCCAAACCAUUCUUUUUUUAAUUUUUGAGUUUAAUAUUGAGUGUGGUUUAAUCAUUGAUGUAGUGAUGCCCAACUGAAAAUUUUAUAUUGAUAAUUGUGCAGUACAUGUCUAUUAUUAUAAGUGAAUUAUGUUGUUGCAUGUGGUUAUAGUUUUUAUACAAAACAAUUCAAUUUAUCAGUUUUUCCAAAGUGGGUUUUCCAGACCUAAUUUACAACAAUGUUAAUUCACUCAUUUGCUAAAAAUAAAUUUACAAUUACUAUGAGAUUUGCAAAAAAUAGUGAAAAAUUACACAAAUACAACUAAAGUGAUAAAUUAGAAGGCAAUUGCAAAAAUAACAAUUAAAAAAGAUAAGUAAGGCCCCAUUUGCAAUAAAAGAUGAUUUAAAUAUUAUUAAAAUGAGGGUCUCCAUGGUCUUACAAUAAAAUAUGCUUAGCCCUUUA